AUGGACGAUCUUGCACAAAAAAUAGUACGUGAUCUUACUGAAAUAAUGAAAAAAGUAGAUGAUGGUUUAGUUCCAGAUGAUGUAGUAGACAAAAUGGAAAUAAUUGUUGAUCGUAUGUUAGCAGUGAUUGCUUUUCAUGAGGAUCAACAAACAUUAUCAUCAUCAUCAUCAUCGUCACCAUCACCAUUAAUUAUUCAAGAACAAGAACAAAUAAAUAAUAGAUUAUCCAAUGAUGAUCAUCGAGAAACUAGAACAUCUCGUUCGAAAGAUGAUUAA